AUGGCAGCUUUGCAACUUCCCACUCUAGCACCCUUCUCUGUGUUAUCUGACAGUGCUACGCUCAGUCAACGUUGGACAAAAUGGGUUAAAAGUUUCGAAUAUUUUCUGGUCGCUUCGAACGUGACGGACAAGAAACGACAACGGGCAUUGUUGUUGCAUUUAGCUGGACCAGAAGUACAAGAAGUUUUCGAAACACUAAGUGACACGGGAGAUGACUACGCUACUGCUCUCGAAAAGUUGGAUGCCUACUUCAAACCGCAAAAGAAUAUCCCGUUUGAACGCCAUAUGUUUAGACAAGCCACCCAAGACUCCUCGGAAACGAUGAAUAC